AUGUACUUUCUGUGGGUCAAGGAUUUGGACAAGGCCAUUGUAGGUGCAAUUCCACUUGUUGGUGCUCCGAUGCAGGCGGCUAUCGGUGGAUUAUUGUCAGGCCUUCAAGCCAUAGAUUCUGACAUCACGACUCAAUCGACUGAGUUGCAAUUUGUGCAACGCCCCCGCCUGCCUUUAAUCCUUCUGAACAAUCCCGGAGAGGUUCAUUUGUUUAGGAUGCUGCAAGACACUUCAACUCGAGUGACUGCGUUGCAUGAACGUUGUCUCGCAUCUCCAUCUGUCACACAAGCUAUCGCUGGAUGCUUCAGUGAAAUCGACCGUUUUCUGGCGGAGUAUUUGGUUGCGUUCUAUUCUCUUAAGAUUUGGUCAUCCCAAAUGCAAAGUCAACAUGACAUGCACGAAAAGUUGGAAAUCAUACGGAGGCAGCGGGAGGAGGAUCGGAGGGUUGCUGAUCACAAUGCAAAGCUGAUGAACAGAACUGUCGCACUAGUUGGUUGUGUGACACUGGUGGACGCAACAGGCCACGAGCAUGCAAUACCAGUGAAGUUCUGCACCUCAUUUCAGCAACUCAAUAAGAUGCUCCAAGUUCUGUUUGAGUGUGACUCCAUUGAAGCACGUCUUCAGAGACGAUAUGUAGAAGAAGGACAGUACGAUUUGUGCAUCGACGAUGGUAAACAAGUAACCCGACUUACAAGCCAUGGAUGGUCAUGCAUUGCAACAGGCACAAAGAUUGUCAUGAGGGUUAUCUUCGAAGAGGAGGCGACCGAAUUUGACUAUGAAUUUGACUACAAAUGUCAUUUUUGCGGCACUGUGAAUCACAUUGCCGUCUGGUCUAUUAUGUAUUCGCUUGAACGGCAGGCUGGUUGUUCGAUUAAUUGGGUGCGAACGACGGUUUCAGAUCUCCGUGAACCUCCCAGUGCGAAGCAGAGCACACGAUCCUCUAAUGGGAAUUCCACUGGGGGGAGUGACGAAGACUCAGGAGAUGCAACUUAUUCGCAACUUCUUGUCCAACAAAGUAUACGACCUGUGGAUUUGAAGGGUCGUGGAUGCAUUGAGGAUGCAUUCCAGGAGUCACUUGUCAGGGGCUUCAGAUGCGAAAAUUGAAUGUCAUUGGCAAGGUUGCCGAACCGUCGUGAGGCGCGUCAAUAUAUCGCGUCACAUCUCUGAGCACCAUCUGGGGAUGAAGAGGAGGAUCUGAUCCUUUGGUGAUAUACAUUUUCUUCAAUUUAUCAAUAUACAGGCUCGUGUGCUGUUACACUCGCUAUCACCGCUAUGAUUCGCUCUUGUUUUCUGCUAUGUAGUACAAGUGCAGGUUCAUGUUUUGCGUAUACAUCGCUCAAUGUGUAGCGCAAGUGGCUAUACCUGUGAUUUAUAUUUAAUCUGC